AGCAAAUUUCAUGUUUUAUUAAACUCAGAAUCUUGGACGGGGGAGUAUCUUUCUACCCAUCUCCAAUGCAGCGGCGAAAGUCCACAAAGGUCGUAGAUGAUGGUGACUGAUGGCGCGAAAGACUUAGGUGGCUGGACAAGGCGGCCGGCUAGACUUCAGCAGGACCGUCGCCGGCCUAGGGCUUCAAACCCUAGGCCCAAUUGAGGAAGAGACUGACGGCGCGGACGACUGCCAGAUGACCAUUCGGACAUGGCGCAGAGAAGAAGAUUCAGGUCUCAAGGUGCUGCGGUAUUACGGGGAGGAGGGGAGGAGUCGAUUAGGUUAAGGCCACCGCUCAGACAAUGAAGGAUUGGAGGAGCUAACUCAGGGUUCUUCUGCUCACACAGCCUCUCCACAAACUCUAUUUCUGAUGAGUGACUAUUCUAGAUUUUACAAUAAAUCUGAAGGCAUUUCAUACAAUUGUAUGAAUUUAAGUUUUGAAAAGAUCAACGAGGACCGCCCAUUUUAUUUAAUGAACUUUUUAGGAUUGGCAAAUUGUAUAAACAACGACAAACACCCGGUAUCAUUGAUUAGAUCCAACUUUUAGCCAAGUUUAAUUUCAAUCAUCUAUGGCUUAAUUGAAGAGCGUGUGUCCAACUCUCAUAUAAAUGGAUCUACAAAUCCUUGCUCGGUCAUUAUCUUCAUCUCUUGCAUGCUUCGUGUGCAAGGAUGGUCAUCUUCUAUCGUUCAUUUUUCAAUAUUAGGCCAGCAGGUGGAAGGUAUUCUACUUUGCUUUAUACUGAGUAUAAUUAUUCUUUAUUUCUUGAAUUCUAUGGAGACAGCUUUUAAAGGUAUAUCAUUCUUUUCACUUUUAGACUUUCUUUCCAUCCUUAAACUAACCAUUGCAAGAUCAACUUUAAUUGGUAUAACAUGUUUGACCUUAUGUUAACUAUUUAAAAAAUUAAAAACUCAUACUAGGAGUUUAUUCUAGCGAGUUCUUCACUGUUAACAUCAAUGCCGGUUCCAUAGAAACCGAGCUGUCGAAUGAUGUGGCAAUGACUGAGGCUAGAGGAAACCGUGAUGAAGGGGUACGCCGUAGGUCGAAUCCCGACGGCAAACAGUGCACUGGUGGUGGAGAGGAGGAGAUUGUGGCAUAUUGUACCACCUCUGCAUCUCCAUCUCCUGGUAGAAAUUCAGGGCUUUUUGUCUAGGAAGAUGAAGUCCAGGCUGUUGGACCCCCUUGAGCCGGAAAGGAUGACCCUAAAGUCAGGGUGUGAAGGCGAGGAAGAUAAAGACCCUUUCAUGGAUGAGGACGUACCUGAAGCUUUGACCAAGAAGAUCAACCUUUUAAAUCGUCCUUUGACUACACUGCAAUGGGUCAGUUUUAUCAUUCUCACUGCAGCUUUCUUCUGUACUUUCAAGAUUCAUGUGCUAAGAAGUAAGAUUUUUGCUGGCCUUUACUUAUGGAAAUGAGUCUUUAUGAUGUUCUUGUUGAUAUUUGCACGAAUUCUUUCUGGUGGGGGGGGGGGAAGAAAUGUAGUCCUCUUUA